AUGAGCAAACCUUUCCAAGGACUUACGUUCUGUGCUACGGGUGUGACGGAAGAGAUUCUUGUGGUGCUGAACAAGAAGGUGGCUAGGCUUGGCGGUAAGUUUUCGCGUGAUUUGACUGGACAUGUUCAGGUGCUAGUGGUGGGGAGCCGGCAGUCGGCCAAGUACCGGUAUGUUGUUGCUAAUCGGGCGGAUAUUGUGUUUAUGGACGCAGAGAGCAUUGAGGGUAUUUAUGAGAAAUGGCUGGCGGGGGAGGAUGUGUUGGCUGGCGGCGGCAGCGGCGGCCGGUUGCUGAGUGUGCUGCGAGAAAGGUUUCAGUUGGCGCCGUUUACCGAAUUCUACAUGUUUAUAGGGCGGAUCAGUGCUCCGGAGGUUAGUACCGGGGAGCUGCAGCAGCUGUGUGAGAUCGGGCAUUCGUACAGAUGUUUAACGAACCAUUUUAUCAAGGAUAUCGAGUGCAGCGCGCAGAGUGUUUUUAUCACAGAUUGUGCAACUGGUGCGCGGGCGAAGGCUGCGCGGGAGGAGGGCGUUCCUAUUGUGCAUCCAAAAUGGGUUAUGGACUGUACGAAGCGGGGGGCAGUGCUGGAGAUGGAGUACUAUCUGUUGGAGCAUUGUGCUGGUAAGCCGUGGCACGAGAUCGGUCGUGAGGCCUGUAGUUGCUGGGAUGAGCUUGAGCGUGGGGCCACGGGCGACGGGGGGAGCGCAGCGGCGGCUGCGACGGGCGCCUCAACUGCAGUUGCUGCUGCCGAGCAGCAGCAGGACGACGUUCGGGUGCUCAAGCUUUCUGGACGCUUCAAACAGAAUGGUUCCAAGAUCUGGGCCAGCACAGUGGGUAGGGCUAAGCCCGGCUCCGGCGGCGGCUGCUGCGACCCCACUGACAAACUCUUUAGGGGAUCCCCGAAGCAACAGCGGGAGUUGGAUGCUGUGUCCGAGCAGCACGAGUCAGGGCUCUUUGACGGGUGUAGUUUUUGUUUGCUGGGUUUCAGUGAUAAACAGCGAGACAUACUUGAUCACGUUAUCGCGCUGCAUAUGGGCACCACUUUCGUGUAUGGUACUAACGGCGUCGAGGUUAACAAUCUUUCGAAGUUAACAAAGUAUUAUUUGUGUCCUAGUGACUUUCCCGUAGAGCGUUUACCCCACAAGAUUCAGUGGCUUACUGAGUUCUAUAUAGAGCGUUGCCUCCACUACAAGGAGUUACUGCGUGUAGACCCGUGGUGCGUGCCCUUUUACACCCGAUUCUACUUGUUGCCUCCCUCUUCUCUGUUGCACGGCCACACUACCAUGGCAGUACACAUGACUGGGUUCCAAGGCGUAGAACUGUUGCAUAUGAAUAAAAUCCUGUCGUAUCUGGAACCCAUGGGUAUCUGUUAUAUGGAUACAUUGAAAAGCUCAACUGAUAUUCUAAUCAUAAACUUAGCACAGCUCAAUUCUAUUCCGGCAGAGCAUACGCUGCGCCAAAAUCACUAUGCAUGCAUGUUCCGGCAGCAAAAGGAGCAAAACCAAGUCUUCCGCAACGCAAUGAAACGUAAGAUCGCAUUCAUCAAUAAAAAUUCAAUACCGCUGAUCACACCGGGAUUUCUUAUAGAGCUCUUUCGCAGAGCUGCAAAAGCUAAACAAAGCGGCAGUCCCGCAGCCAAAAUAUACUUGAAUGAUACUAACUGGUGCAUUGUUUGUCCGCGAGGUUCCAAGGAUGACUACACAAUCCAGCUUGAUGUUAGUAUACCAGAGCCCACAGCAUCGCGAACAAAAUCAAACCUCAUGUCUGAAACCUUAGAUGCCUUAAAGCCCACAGGAUCAAGAACCUCAAUGACCCCCAAAGGAUCUCUUGAUACAGAAGCAGUGGAUAUCUUAUUGCGUAACGGUUCCGCACCAACGGUCAAGAAAUCCACGCGUGAAUUUAUGCUGAAGACGAAGGCUUUAUCCAGAUCCGCGUCGUCAUUAGGACAUCCGAAAAGUUCAAAUAAACAGCCCAAGGUAUCUCCGAAGAUGGACGAGCAGUUGAACCCUGCACCUGAACCUCCAUUAGCUAUCAAAGAAAACCAUCGGAGAUCUCAUACGGAGGUACCCUUAGAACGUUCGAACAGCUGGGGAAGCAUGCUUACAGAGGAAGCAAAGGAAAAAAGCGGACCGAGUGUUAUUGUAAAUGAUGAUACAGAAGACGAAAACGGCGUUGUAAAUGAGGAUGGACAUAACACAGACAACGUUAUGCACACUCAGGUGACUUAUGGGAGUAUAGCCAACCGAAAAGAUUCAUUACCUCCACCGUCAAGAAGAUUGACUCGAAGAUCCUAUAAAGAUCUUUCAUGA